AUGGCUGCUUUGCAGAGGGCUGGUCUCGGUGAAAGAGACUCUGACCAGGCCAUUACAGCACUUAAGAAAGGAGCAUAUUUGCUGAAGUAUGGACGCAGAGGAAAACCGAAGUUCUGCCCAGUUCGACUUUCGGCUGACGAAUCUGCAUUGAUAUGGAACUAUGGCAAAGAAGAGAAACAGCUUGAAUUACGUCAUGUUUCUCGGAUCAUUCCUGGACAGCGUACUGCAAUAUUCCAGCGGUACCCUCGGCCUGAGAAAGAAUAUCAAUCUUUUUCUCUCAUAUACAAUGAUAGGUCCUUGGAUUUGAUAUGCAAGGAUAAGGAUGAAGCCGAGGUUUGGUUUGUUGGUCUAAAGGCAUUAAUUGCACGUGGUAGCUAUCGCAAAGUGAGAAGCGAAGCAAAAAGUGACAGUAUAUCAUCGGAUAGUCCACAUGCUCAAAGAAUCUCUCCCUCAAGUGCCUCUUUGGAUCAAGGAGAUACUCGAACAGGGUCUCUUUCUCAUAGCAGAUUGGGACAAGCAUUUUCUGACAUUGUUUCGUACACUGCCGCAGCCAAGAGUUAUGCUCAGGCUGAAGCAGUAACCUAUUCUCACAGCUCUCAGUCUGUUGGGGGUGUGGACAACUCAAAUGAUCGAAGUUCUGCAGCAGAUACAGUUCGAGUUAGUUUAUCCAGUGCUGUAAGUUCAUCAAGUCAGGGUUCUUGUCAUGAAGAUUUUGAUGCCUUGGGUGAUGUUUUGAUUUGGGGGGAAGGCACUGGUGAUGGGGUGUUGGGUGGUGGUGCGCUUAGAGUGGGUAGAACAUCUAUCACAAAAAUGGAUGCUCAUUUACCUAAGGCACUGGAGUCAACCAUGGUACUUGAUGUUCAUGGUGUUGCUUGUGGUUGUAGGCAUGCUGCCUUAGUCACCAAACAAGGGGCGGUAUUCACUUGGGGAGAGGAGUCCGGGGGGAGGCUCGGGCAUGGAGUAGAAGCAGAUGUUUCCCAGCCAAAGCUUGUUGACACUCUUAGUGGCAAAAACAUUGAAAUGGUAGCAUGUGGAGAGUAUCAUACCUGCGCUGUCACACUUUCUGGAGAUCUAUAUACGUGGGGUGAUGGAACUUACAACUCUGGUUUGCUUGGGAAUGGAAGUGAAGUCAGUCAUUGGAUCCCUAAGAAAGUGAGUGGGUUCAUGGAGGGUUUGCGUGUUUCAUAUGUCUCUUGUGGACCUUGGCAUACAGCUGUUGUGACAUCUGCCGGCCAGUUGUUUACAUUUGGAGAUGGAAGUUUUGGUGCCUUAGGCCAUGGAGAUACUCGCAGCACCAGUAUCCCAAGAGAAGUGGAAACUUUUCAAGGAUUGCGUACAGUGAGGGUUGCUUGUGGCGUUUGGCACUCUGCUGCAGUUGUUGAAGUAAUGAACCAUACUUCUAGUUCUGGACCAUCUGAUGGUUCUUUAUCUGGAAAGCUAUUCACCUGGGGGGAUGGGGAUAAUGGCCGGCUUGGACAUGGUGAUAAAGAACCUAGACUAAUUCCUGAGUGUGUAGCUGCAUUGGUUGAUGUAAGUUUCUGUCGAGUGGCCUGUGGACAUAGCCUGACAAUUGCUCUUACAACCUCGGGCAGAGUGUAUACAAUGGGAAGUACUGUUUAUGGACAGUUGGGGAGUCCUGUAGCUGAUUGGAAAAUUCCCACAUGCAUUGAAGGUAACAUUUCUGACAGUUUUGUUGAAGAAAUUGCCUGUGGUUCCCAUCAUGUUGCAGUUUUGACUUCGAAAACUGAGGUUUAUACCUGGGGAAAAGGUGCAAAUGGGCAACUAGGCCAUGGAGACAAUGAGGACCGAAAAACACCUACACUGGUUUGCUUUUUGAAAGAUAAGCAAGUGAAGAAUGUAGUCUGUGGUUCGAAUUUUACUGCUGUUAUAUGUCUGCACAAAUGGGUAUCUACUGCUAACAAUUCUGUUUGCUCUGGUUGUCAUAAUCCUUUUAAUUUUAGAAGAAAACGACACAACUGUUACAACUGCGGGCUUGUCUUUUGCAAAGCAUGUAGCAGUAGGAGAUCCCUGAGAGCUUCCUUGGCCCCCAGUAUGAACAAGCCAUUUCGCGUCUGUGAUGAUUGUUUUACAAAGCUGCAGAAGGCCAUGGAACCUGUAUCUGUCGAAAGAAUUCCUAAAGUUAGAAGUGCUAAUAUACUUCAUAAGUCCAAUGAUUUGGCAGAAAAAGAGACGGGGUUUCCUCGAUUACAAGGACAAUUUUCUAGAUUCUCAUCUGUUGAUUCAUUUAAUCGGAUUGAAGACAGAAGUUCCAAGCACAGCAUGAAAGUAGAGCUGAAUGAUAGCCGUGUCUUCCCCCUUGCAGAUGGAAAUAUUCAGAGGGGAAGCAGUUCUUUGUCAAAAGCACCAACUUCUCUGUCUGGCGCUUCAAGGAAUUUUCUUUCUGUGUCUCUUCCUAGUACCAGAGUGGUUUCUCGGGCCACGUCUCCGGUGUCAGCAAAGGCAAGGCCACCUCAGUCUGCAACACCAACACCUUCCUCAACUGCUUCUACUUCCAAAGUGAAUGAUUCAAAGCGUAACGAUGAAAAUCUAAGCCAGGAGGUCUUAUAUUUAAAGGCACAGGUAGAGGAGCUUGCUAGCAAAUCCCAACUUCUUGAAGCUGAGCUGGAAAGAAAAUCAAGGCAAUUGAAGGAGGUUACUGCAUUGGCAGCAGAAGAAGCUGAAAAAUGUAGAGCUGCUAAGGAAGCGAUUAAGUCUCUAACUACGCAGUUGAAGGAGAUGGCUGAAAGAGUGCCAGAGGGGCAUAUUCCCAGCAGCCAAUUAGAUGCUAUUGCUGAACAAACGCUCAAUGAUUCAAGCUGCACCUCUAAUGGGAGUAGCGUGACAAGCCUGGCCUCUCCGAAAAGCGAGUGCAGUGAUCAUUCAGCUAAUGCAGGAUUAUCUAAUGGAACCAAGGCCCAAACCAGGAAGGCAGAGAAUGUGAUACAAGAUGAACCAGGCGUGUACAUAACUCUUUCUUCCUUACCAGGGGGUGGAAAUGAACUUAGACGAGUUCGAUUCAGUCGGAAACGUUUUACCGAGGAACAGGCAGAAACUUGGUGGGCUGCAAAUGGGACCAAAGUAUGUGAACGUCACAAUAUACGUACUUCAGAGUAAUAUGCAGCCGGCACUCCAUUGAUUCUGCUGGACAAAAAGAGAGCCUGGCUUGUCUCUUGUUUACUUUCAUCUUCUUCGUUGCUAGUGCCUGUAAAGUUUUUUGCUCAUUUGGUGGAGUUCAACCCUAACGAUCCUAGAUGAUUCACUCACAGGUAGGCUGGUAGGUAAGAAAAGAACGUAGAACAGAAUGUAAACACGAGGAAGAAAUGGAGAAACAAGUUUAAACAUGUAAAAAUGUUUCUCAGCUCAUAUUGGGUUUGUGCAUCUUUAUUUUCAACAUUUUUUCCACUAUGCAUUUCUACUUCGACAAAAGUAAAAGUUUUCAGCUGAUGUGCCUGGA